CGCGCACUCGUGAUGUUGUAACAUUGUGUAGCGCAGCCGUAAGAGUUUUAGGAGAAUCCGUUCAUUUUUGACAACCCUCUUUCAGCGACUGUUUUCCUAAAGGCCGAAAAUGCUGAGAACGGUGGUGUGUCGGGCAGGAAGCGGCAUUUUAAAGCAUUCACGACAAACUGUGCCUGUGUUUUGGGGGCCCCGAGCCCAGCAACGAUGGGCUUCCAGCCUCCCUAUGAACACUGUGAUUCUGUUCGUACCCCAGCAGGAGGCUUGGGUAGUGGAGAGGAUGGGUCGCUUCCAUCGGAUCCUGGAACCAGGUUUAAACUUCUUAAUUCCAAUCUUGGACCGAGUCAGAUAUGUUCAGAGCCUCAAAGAAAUAGUGAUUGAUGUACCAGAACAGUCUGCAGUUUCCCUUGACAAUGUGACGCUACAGAUAGAUGGAGUCUUAUAUCUCAGGAUACUUAACCCUUUUAAGGCCAGCUAUGGAGUGGAAGACCCAGAAUAUGCCGUCACACAGCUGGCACAGACCACCAUGAGAUCAGAGUUGGGAAAACUGACACUUGACAAAGUGUUUAGGGAAAGAGAAUCCCUCAAUUCCAAUAUGGUCCACUCUAUAAACCAGGCAUCAGAUGAAUGGGGGAUUCGAUGUCUUCGAUACGAGAUCAAAGACAUUCAUGUUCCCCCACGAGUAAAAGAGUCUAUGCAAAUGCAGGUUGAGGCUGAGAGGAAAAAGAGAGCCACCGUUCUGGAGUCUGAGGGAACCAGGGAGGCGGCCAUUAAUGUGGCAGAGGGUCGCAAACAGGCUCAGAUUCUGGCAUCUGAGGGAGAGAAAGCAGAACGGAUUAACAAUGCUGCUGGUGAAGCAAAUGCUGUUUUGGCGAAAGCUGAAGCAAAAGCCAAAGCUAUUAGACUACUGUCUGAGGCACUCACUCAACAGAAUGGAAAUGCUGCAGCAUCUUUUACUGUAGCCGAACAGUACGUCUCUGCUUUCUCCAACCUGGCCAAAGAGUCCAACACCAUCUUACUGCCCUCCAGCACUGGAGACGUCAGCAGUAUGGUGUCUCAGGCUAUGGCUAUAUAUGGGAGUUUAGCAAAGACACAAACUCGGAGCGCAGUGGAGAGGGUGACCCAUGAGACAUUAGAGCCACCGUUGGAAGGGAGCACUGUGUCUGAAACUGAACUGAAAGACUGAUUCAGAAUCUGACAUCUGUACAUGCCCAUUGAGGUUUAUGUUAAGUCUUAUUUUGGCAAAUGGGAUAUAAGAGAUAACCUGUUGAUAUCUCACAUUCUGGUUAUAAACAGAUGUGAGAAAAUAGUGUUAUUAUGUCCUGAUGUAACUACGAGACUUAUUAUUUUAUUUUGUGGGUUAUGUUUUUGUUUCUUUUUGUUUUCCAUUAUAAUAAAAAAAAUUCUCCUU